UGUUCAUCUGUGGCAACCAGGGCCAGGCGUCUGUCAGGUCGGGAGGACAAGGGCAAGCGUGAGAGAGAGAGAGAGAGAGACAGAGAAGAAGCAGCAGCUCAGUGAGACUGUAGGGGAACUAUCCUGUCAUCAGCAUUACAGUAAAUCCAGCUGUCCGUUCUUAAGAACAACACGCAGUUGAGUUUCGGGGGAACAGAAAGUAUAACGGCACAAUGAUGAUGACCCAGGUGGAAACCACAGUGCACUAUGAUAACGGCUAUGAGGAGGAGUACAUGCUCCAGGAAGAUGAGUGGGACAGGGAUAUGCUACUGGACCCUGCCUGGGAACAACAGCAGAGGAAAACCUUCACAGCCUGGUGUAACUCCCACCUGAGGAAAGCUGGUACUCAAAUUGAAAACAUUGAGGAGGACCUCAGGAAUGGACUCAAACUCAUGCUGCUUCUGGAAGUUAUCUCAGGAGAGAGGUUACCCAAGCCAGACAGAGGGAAGAUGCGGUUUCAUAAGAUUGCUAACGUCAACAAAGCGUUGGAGUUCAUCACGAGCAAAGGAGUGAAGCUGGUCUCCAUUGGAGCUGAAGAGAUUGUGGACGGUAAUGUAAAGAUGACACUUGGAAUGAUCUGGACUAUCAUCCUCCGCUUUGCCAUUCAGGACAUUUCUGUAGAAGAAACAUCUGCCAAGGAAGGUCUUCUCCUGUGGUGUCAGAGAAAGACUGCCCCCUACAGAAAUGUCAAUGUUCAAAACUUCCACGUCAGCUGGAAGGAUGGCCUGGCCUUCUGCGCCCUGAUACAUAGACACAGACCUGACCUCCUCGACUACUCUAAGCUCAACAAGGAUGAUCCUCUGGGGAACCUGAACCUGGCUUUUGACAUAGCCGAGAAACACCUGGACAUUCCCAAAAUGCUGGAUGCAGAAGAUAUCAUCAACACCCCCAAGCCCGAUGAACGAGCUAUCAUGACCUAUGUGUCCUGUUUUUACCAUGCUUUUGCUGGAGCUGAGCAGGCAGAGACGGCUGCCAACAGGAUCUGUAAGGUGCUCGGUGUAAACCAGGAGAAUGAGAAACUGAUGGAGGAGUAUGAGAGACUGGCCAGUGAGCUGCUUGAGUGGAUUCGCCGGACCACUCCCUGGCUAGAGAACCGAACCCCAGAGAAGACCAUGGCGGAGAUGCAGCGAAAGCUGGAGGACUUCAGGGACUACAGACGCCAGCACAAGCCCCCAAAGGUGCAGGAAAAGUGCCAGCUGGAAAUUAACUUCAACACCCUGCAGACCAAGUUGCGCAUCAGCAAUCGCCCUGCCUUCAUGCCUUCUGAGGGGAAGAUGGUAUCUGACAUAACCAGUGCAUGGCAGGGGCUGGAGCAAGCAGAGAAAGGCUACGAGGAAUGGCUCCUUACCGAGAUCCGAAGGUUGGAGAGGCUGGACCACUUGGCUGAAAAAUUUCGCCAAAAAGCCACCAAUCAUGAGAACUGGGCCAGCGGUAAAGAACUGAUCCUCUCCCAGAAGGACUAUGAAACAGCCACCCUGAUAGAAAUCAGAGCAUUGCUUCGAAAACACGAGGCCUUUGAGAGUGACUUGGCAGCCCACCAGGACAGAGUGGAGCAGAUUGCCGCCAUUGCACAGGAACUCAAUGAGCUGGAUUAUCAUGACGUGGCUGCUGUGAACCAGCGCUGCCAGAGCAUCUGUGAUUUGUGGGACAAGCUGGGGACUCUGACUCAGAAGAGGAGAGAGGCAUUGGAGCGAACAGAUAAGCUGCUGGAGACUAUUGAUCAGUUGUUUGUGGAGUUUGCCAAGAGGUCGGCUCCUUUCAACAACUGGAUGGAAGGAGCCAUGGAGGAUCUGCAGGACAUGUUCAUAGUGCAUACUAUUGCAGAGGUCCAGAGUCUAAUCGCAGCUCAUGAGCAGUUCAAAGCUACUCUUCCCGAGGCUGAUGCAGAGAGACAGGCCAUCUUAGGAAUCCACAAUGAGGUGCAGAAAAUUUCCCAGAGCUAUGGGAUCAAGGCCAACAUUAUCAACCCAUACAGCACCCUCACAACUGAAGAGCUUCUCAACAAGUGGGAAAAGGUGAAGAUGCUAGUUCCUCAGAGAGAUGGUGCCCUUCAGGAGGAGAUGGCACAUCAGCAUGCCCAUGAAAGGCUGAGACGACAGUUUGCUGCCCAGGCUAAUCUCAUUGGACCCUGGAUACAAACCAGGAUGGAGGAGAUUGGGCGCUUCUCCCUGGAGAUAGGAGGUACCCUGGAGGACCAGAUGACCCAGCUGAAGCAAUGUGAGCACGUCAUUGUUGCUUACAAGCCUAACAUCGACAAGUUGGAGGGAGACCACCAGCUAAUCCAAGAGUCCCUGGUGUUUGAUAACAAACACACCAACUACACUAUGGAGCAUAUCCGUGUCGGGUGGGAACUGCUCCUCACAACCAUCGCCCGAACCAUCAACGAAAUUGAGACCCAGAUCUUGACCCGGGAUGCCAAAGGCAUCAGCCAGCAGCAGAUGAAUGAAUUCAGAUCCUCUUUCAAUCACUUCGACAGGAAGAAAAAUGGAGCAAUGGAAACUGAUGACUUCCGAGCCUGCCUCAUCUCUAUGGGUUAUGACUUGGGGGAGGUGGAGUUUGCCCGUAUAAUGAUCCUGGUGGACCCCAAUGGUACUGGGAACGUCUCCUUCCAGUCUUUCAUUGACUUUAUGACCAGAGAGACUGCUGACACGGACACUGCCGAUCAGGUUGUGGCAUCCUUCCGGAUCCUGGCAACUGACAAGCCCUACAUACUAGUGGAGGAACUGAGGAGAGAACUUCCGCCUGAACAAGCAGAGUAUUGCAUCAUGAGGAUGCCGCCUUAUACCGGCCAUGGAGCACCACCAGGAGCACUGGACUACACUGCCUUCUCCACGGCCCUCUAUGGAGAGAGUGACCUUUAACCAACUAGAAACAGCUUUUAUCUACUGGCCAUUAGUACCUAACAACCCCCUCAUGUCAUGAUGAAUUUAAGGAAGCUACACAAAAGUUAGAUAAAAUAUUUUGAAUUAAAUGUGUUUGUGACCAUACCCGGUUUUGGUAGUUUUCUGACAUUAGACUGUCUAUAAUCAUGCUGAGCAUUGUCAAUUUUCUUGGUACUCUUCUCCUGUUCUCUUGAAUAACAAUUGUCCCCAAAACAAAUAGAAAUUUCCACGUUCAAAUUGUGUGAAACAAGGCAUUUUACAUUUAGUCUUUUGUCUGGCAGAAAGUAGGGUUAUGUGAUGAAAGUAAAACUAGAAAAGAAAUUUAC